CGCGAUUGCAAUAGUUCACAGCUAAAUCUGGAGUGGUAACACUUUUCACCUUAAACGUUUAUUUCGCGAUUUUUGCCCAGCGGUUCAGACGCAGUCAGCAGAAAAUCAAGGCAUCAACCAUGAGUUCCAGCAAGAUUGCUCUCCUCAGUGUGUCAGACAAGACGGGUCUGCUCGACUUGGGCAAGAGUUUGGUGGCCCUGGGCUUUGACCUGGUGGCCAGUGGAGGCACUGCAACCAGCUUGCGUGGCGCUGGCCUGAAGGUGAAGGAUGUCUCGGAGAUUACCGGAGCCCCAGAGAUGCUGGGCGGCCGUGUCAAGACCCUCCAUCCGGCUGUGCACGCUGGCAUCUUGUCCCGAACCACUGACUCUGACCUGGCUGACAUGCGCAAGCAGGGAUUCGAUCUCGUCCAGCUGGUGGUCUGUAAUCUGUACCCCUUCGCUAGCACCAUAGCUAAGCCGGAUGUUACGCUGGCCGAUGCUGUGGAGAACAUUGAUAUCGGAGGUGUUACCCUGCUCCGUGCGGCGGCCAAGAAUCAUCAGCGGGUUACUGUUGUCUGCGAGGCAGUGGACUACGACCGUGUGUUGUCAGAGCUGAAGGCUUCGGGGGACACAACUGUGGAAACUCGCCAGGCUCUGGCUCUCAAGGCAUUCACCCACACAGCCAGCUACGAUGACGCCAUAUCGGAUUACUUCAGGAAGCAGUAUGGAUCGGGUGUGUCCCAGUUGCCUCUGCGUUACGGCAUGAAUCCACACCAGAAACCGGCGCAGUUGUACACCCAGCUGGCCAAGCUGCCCCUCACGGUACUGAAUGCCUCACCAGGAUUCAUCAACCUGUGCGAUGCCCUCAACGGCUGGCAGUUGGUCCGAGAAUUGAAGCAGGCUCUUCAGCUCCCGGCGGCCACCAGUUUCAAGCAUGUGUCUCCGGCUGGAGCAGCUGUGGGAGUGCCUCUCAAUGCGGCCCAGGCUAAGCUCUGCAUGGUUGACGAUCUGUACGAGCAACUGACGCCGCUGGCUACGGCCUAUGCUAGAGCCCGUGGAGCUGACCGCAUGAGCUCCUUUGGCGACUUUGUGGCCUUGUCCGACGUGUGCGAUGUGGUCACCGCUAGGAUUAUCUCACGAGAGGUUUCGGAUGGCAUUAUUGCUCCCGGCUACGAGCCAGAAGCUUUAGAGAUCCUUAAGAAGAAAAAGAACGGUGGAUAUUGCAUUCUGCAGAUGGAUCCCAACUACGAGCCUUCCCCGGUGGAGCGCAAGACCAUUUUUGGACUUACGCUGGAGCAGAAGCGCAACGACGCCGUCAUUGGCCCCUCGCUCUUUGCAAAUGUGGUGAGCAAGCGUGGCCCUCUGCCCGAAGCGGCUGUGCAGGACCUGAUCGUGGCCACCAUUGCCUUGAAGUACACCCAGAGCAACUCGGUGUGCUAUGCCCGUGAUGGCCAGGUGGUAGGCAUCGGAGCCGGCCAGCAGUCGCGGAUUCACUGCACCCGUCUGGCAGGCGAGAAGGCGGACAACUGGUGGCUGCGUCAGCAUCCCAGCGUGGCCGGCAUGAAGUUCAAGGCGGGCGUAAAGCGGGCGGAGAUCUCCAAUGCGAUCGACAACUACGUAAAUGGAACGGUGGGCAAGGACAUGCCCCUAUCGCAGUUCGAGGGAAUGUUCGAUAAGGCGCCAGCCCAACUGACCAGCGAGCAGAAAGUGGAGUGGCUGAAGCAACUGAGCGGUGUGGCCCUGGGAUCCGAUGCCUUUUUCCCCUUCCGUGACAAUAUCGAUCGUGCCAGUCUGAGCGGUGUCUCCUACAUCGCCAGUCCUGCUGGCUCCACCAAUGAUGCUGGUGUCAUCGCCGCCUGCGAUGAGCACGGCAUCAUCAUGGCCCACACCAAUCUGCGAUUGUUCCACCAUUAGUUCGAUGCAGUCGAAUAUUAACGCUUAUAUCAAACUAAUCAAAAAUAACCCAAGUGAAAAGACAUUCUGAAAAUAGGAAGCAAAAGCUUAUGUCUGCAAUACGAGAAAUACCCUUUUUAUACCAACUAUUUUUGAUAACGUUUUUAGUGUUUUAAGAACUUUUAUACUAUAGAUGUAACGAAUCCUUGUUAGACAACCCCUUAAACUGCCCUUUGUCCAUUCCAAGUACAAUAAAACCACUUGCCUUUAGUUAAACGAA